ACCGGCAAAUCCUAUCGUUGAAACCAACUCUAACUUGGCAAAAUCUUGUGCUGAGUCUUCCAUGAGUAAAAGGCUUUCUUCUACUGUCUAAAAAACUGACUAAGACUGUGCUUUUUAAAGAUUUCAACUUUUCAAAAUAGAUUUCUUGCUUGAUCGUUUACAAAGAUCUUGUUUCGUUGGCAACAAGAACACGAAGCCGUACAACGCAUGCGCUCAAUUAUGCAGCUGACCGGCAAUCACUACGGCCGUUGUCACUGGUCUCAAGCUCGUGACUGGAUGUCCGACUUGAUUUUCACGAGAUCAAAUGGCAACAAUAUAUCAUUUCCAAAUUAAAGUGAAAAUUGCUUCGUGACGUGACAUAGCAUGAAAUUUAGGAAAUGUUUGCUUUCAUAUAACACGCCAUAACUUACAGCCCGAAAACCCAGAAAAAUAAACCUAUUUUAAAAAUAUAAGAGAGUCCAGUCGUUUAUUAUUCCUAAACUAAACACGAGGCUUUUAAUUGUAAUGCUAGAUCUUAAAAUAAAGGACGUUCAAAACAUACGGCAAAAAGAUGUAAAACCCGCGGAAGUUAAAAUGAAGUUUUAUAAAAGUUAAGCUUCGCACAUGACUCAGUUUUGCACGUAUGUCGGAUGCCGUGCCCAAUUUUUGUAACGAAACUAGGAUGAAUUUUCGAAAUCAUUUUCCGAAAUCAACCUUCCGCAAGCGAUGCUGAGUCACAAGGAAUUUGUAUAGAGCACAUUCUACUGUACUCUAUACUGUAUAACCGCCAAGCAAUUGCAGGGCAUGACAUAUUAUCGUGAGUCGAAUUACAGAAGAGAAUCAGUUAAGCCUGGUGCUUGCACUAUACGGAGCAGUAUACUACUUUUAACUCUACCUACACGCUUUAAUUCAUUGCGUUCAAAAUGAUGGUUUGCGACGCGGACAUUUCUCAAAAUACCCGAGGAAAAAGGACUGCACUACAAGCACAAGCAAGAGGUAACGAUAUCACAGCCGUAAAUUCAAGAAUAGUGUAGAACUGGUAGCUAGAGCUGCCCAGUGUAAAUGAAGUUAGUUUAGUUUAGGUUUCCUCUUGUAGUAACACUGGAUCAAUAAGACAUGAUCCUUACUGGAUCUCUAGGGAGAACAGUCUAGAACUGAUAGAGCUAUCCAGUAUAAAUAAAGUUCGUUUAGUUUAGGUUUCCUCCUGUAGUAACACUGGAUCAAUAAAAGAUGAUCCUUAGUACUGGACCUCUAGGGAGAACAGUUUAGAACUGAUGGAGUUAUCCAGCAUAUAAAUAAAGUUAGUUUAGGUUUCCGCAUGCAGUAUAAGAUUAGACAAAUAAUUAACUAUAAUAUGACCCCGCUGGCUUCAUUGUAAUUUUAUACAAUUACAAUUACGACCCUGCACUUUCGGUUUUGUGAAACUGACUUUCGUAUUUAAGAAAAACAGUUUCGAUGUAUUUCUGACUAUAAUAAUAAAGUUGAUUUAUCGGUGGCACCUAUAUAGUCUGAACUAAAGUUCAACCCAAAUAAAAGCAAUUAUCCCAAACCAUGUUUAUGAAUUAAUGAAAGCUAAAAGUGAAGUCAUCACAGGCUUCACUAGAAAAAUCUUCUUCCUGGAAAACACUUGUAAUACUACGAAAAGCGAAAGAACUAUAUACGUAUUCAUUUGAACACUUGAUAUACUGAGGGCACACAAAUUUGCAAUUGACGAAAAAAUUUUCAUCUCAAACGAAACUGCAUCACAAGAUUUGAUUCAAGCUGGAUGAUACGAUCAAGGAAUCGAUUUUGCACCAAAAAAGAGAUGGUAUGCUCCACCAAUUGGGGUUUUUUUUCUCGCAUAUUGGGAGGUUUCGUUAAGCAGAUCAGCUGAUGGUACAUACAGGUCAACUUCACUAAAUGUCGAUACUUAAAAAAGCAAGAAAAAUAAACUAAUUUAAAACUCUCUCUUUUCACUAUUGCAACUACAAAUACAUAUCGAAAAGAGUAAUUUACCCUCAUUAUUUCUUCAAUUUCUUAGCUGUUGAUUGACAACCAUCUAUUACAGAUAUAGUGCUCAUUUUAAGAGUGAAACCCACUUAUACACUUUCGAUAUCCUCUAUGUUUUUUGUGUAUUUUGCUGUACGAAAUUCUGCAACAAAAUGAAUUACCUAAUUCACAGUAAGCAAAAUAUCUUCAAUGAAGACGUUAGGAUUUCGCCAGUUGCUAAUUUUCAGUUGCGACUUUAAUCGAUCGCAAAAAUUACCUCAAGCAUUUGGGACAACAAUAUUGUAUACCGACUUGCCUUGAAGAGGUGUUUCACUUAUAAGCAACUUAAUAUUAUCUUUUACUUGCCUAUAAUUGGAAACGGAGUGUGUAAAAUGGCAACGUAUAUAACAUACUCUGAAAUCGUCGCGUUUGCAAUAUUUUUGUUGUACAAAGCCAAAGCGUUACAUCCAGCACCGCAACAAAUACAACAGUCAACACUGGAUCUCGCACAGGAGAACUAUUUUAAGCCAUGCUAACUUUUUCCUUGCAGCAACAAAAUUGCGAGACAAGCUGCAUAUUGUAAAAUACUGUCGUUUAGCUUUGUCGUGCCGGUAUAUUUAUGCACGCUGCUGUGCAGUCGCGGUAUUUAAAACCCACAAAUUUGCAUGAAUAUUGUAACAUGUUUUGCCCAAGACACAAGGGAUUCUAUAAGACGGUGAGAUUGUUUUUAUAAGUACGAAAUAGUUUAAUUCAAGAGCAAGUUCCAUUGGCAUAUUGUUUAGUUACAUACACCCGAGGCCAAAACGAAAAUGAAAGUAUUUAAACAUCGUCAAUCGAUUUACACGGUAUAUGCUAGAUGUGAUAUGCAUCGUGUCUGCGAAAAUCUCCGUGGACCUUCAAAGCAUUUAUAAUGUGCUACGAUUUUAUGUUUUAGCAACUUCACCGUAUACAAAAAACUUUUUAAAUUACUUUUUAGACUUCUUUUUAAAUUACUUUAGACUUUCAAACUUUUAAAAUUAGCCAACGCGUUCACGCUAUACGCCCAAGCGAAAUUGUUUGAAAACGUCACUUUUGCCGUAACGAUUCGAGCACGGUUUCUAAACGGAGCGAGAUGAACACGGAGCGCUUGGCGUCUAACAGACGCCGCGUUACCUUUUUUGAACCGCUUGCAAACCAAGCAUCUCAGGUCUCAAAACAAUAAAUUCGAAUGCUUUUCGAGUAGAUUUAUUUACUCUAAUAUGAUAUUAAUAAUACAAGAAAAUGAACAGAAAUUAGCAAUUAAAAUCCCAUGGGGGUUUUAAGCGUCGCCGUUGCUCUGUUUACAACGGCAAAAUACAGAUUAGCACGUCUUAUAUAUAUACAACGCGUACAUCACAAGCUGAGACAGCUGCUACUUUGAAUUGGGUUCUAGAACCUUGAAUUGGGUUCUAGAAUGGCGACUUUUGACUAUAUAUAGCCGAAUUUUCAGACCGUAUUUUGAAAAACUAUGUCUGUGGACUGUGGUAGGAAAUUAUCGACAUUUAAACUGAAAGUUCUUUUUGUCGUGUCUUUGCAAAGCCAUUGGACAUAUUCACAGAAAAAUUGGUUUUGUAUAGUCCUGCUUAGUAUAUAUAUAGAAAUACAAGAAACAUUGGCUUGCUUCCUCGAUCCCGACAUAUAUGCUAAUAUGGUCGUUGACAUGGAAAUUAGAGUCUUCCUUAAGCCUGCAGCACACGAGAGCUAUCUGCUGAGCAAAAAGUUACUCGUGCCUGUUAGCUCAGCCGAUAGCUCACCGUGUGCGCGUACAUUUUACUGAGUUUUUUGCCUCAUGCAACCUUUUCUCACGUAUCAAACAUGUUUGAUCGGUGAGCUAUCAGCUGAGCUAACAGGCACGAGUAACUUUUUGCUCAGCAGAUAGCUCUCGUGUGCUGCAGGUUUUACACUUCCUUAAAAACCUGUUUUGUCAUGUGUGCUGAAGAUUACCACAAAGGGACCCAAACACAGUUUUUAAUCCAGUCCCCCUUGGCAACCUGAUGCCGCUUAGUGUAUCGACGAAGUCAAAUACGGAUGAAACGAGGAUGAGAUAGUGCAUGAAAGUUGGCAGUCAGCUAGCGACAUUGGUUAGCUGUUCUUAAUGCUUUCCCAACAUUAUCAUGGAUUCUUUUAAGUUAAGACAUAGUUGGAACACUCAUCAACAUGAUAUUGUGGGACUUCCCCAUGUAAUCGAGAUAAAAAGCGGAAGUGCCUCAUAAUAGAAUUCUAGGAAGACGACUUCUUGGGAUUUAAAUAUUUUUUCAAUCUUUACAAAUCAAACGUCUGCAGGAAUUGCGUUGCUGUAAUAAGCUUCCAAAUAACAAAUAACUCGAUUCUCCAGGGAGUAAUCAAAACAUUUUUCGUUGUAGAAACACUCCAAAUUCGCUGCUACGCAGAAGAUCUUUUGCCCAGAUGGCAUUUCUUACGUGCGAUGCAAGCAAAACCGUUGGUGCGCCAAAGUUCGCCUAACCGUCUGGCAGAGGUUUUAGAGCGCUUGGACAAUUCGUGUUGGUAUUGGGGCCCCAUGGACAGUAUGGAAGCAAUGCGGAAACUAAAAUACCAACCUAAUGGCACAUAUUUGCUUCGAGACAGCACAGACUCGAGACAUCUCUUCACGCUUUCAGUUCGAACAGACAAGGCUGGAAUGACAAAUGUCAGAAUUCUGUAUAAAAGAGGGCGGUUUACAUUGGACAGCAUCGAACCAGCGGAUAGAAAUAUGCCGAAUUUUGACUGCGUAUUAAAAUUAAUAUACUAUUACAAGCGUGUGAGCAAUAACUUAGACGGGAGAAAGGUGUUUGCUAUGGAAAGCAAGGAAAAAGAAAGCGAUGCAACAAGUACUCCACAAGAAAUACCGUUCGUUUUAAAGAAACCUUUGUUCCACAAGCCAGCAACGUUAAAGCAUCUUUGUAGAACGGCUAUAAACAGGACGUUAAGUUUGGAACAAGUUUUAGAGUUAAACUUGCCUCUAACGGUUGAAAAUUAUAUGUUGAAAUACCCGUAUCCAAUAUAAAAAUGAAUUUCUAUAUUGAAAUGUACAGAAAAUUAAAUAUAAGCGUAUUCGUUAUAACUAUAUAGAAUAUUAUACUCAUGGUCAAAAUAUUAAAAAUCGUUAAUUUUGCUGCA